UGUCUAAAACAACUGCUUCAGAAAAUCCAGAAAUUGACGAGUUGACGACCAAACCAGACAAAACCAACCUUCCUCUCUGUUUCUUGGAACACUUUGUCAAAGUACACUCAGUUCUCCAUUUAUUCCCAGUUUCCCCCCACCAAAACAAUGCAUUUUCCAAGAUUUCUAAACAUUUUUUGAGCUGUCUUGGGAAAAUCCCAGUUUUCUAGAUAAAUCUUUGAGACAACUACGUUUAUAUUGGCAUUCCAACCGUGUCUUCGUUCCCCUAAUCUUUAAUGCAAUUUGUUCCUCAGUAGAUUAUCCUUCAAGCUUCUUUGAUCUCUCUCUCUCUCUCCCUCAAUAUUUUAUUUAUUUAUUUUGGGAGUUCGUCUGAUUUACCUUCCUUCAGAUUUGGAUUGAGAAUGAGGAAUUGCAGAUUGGGUUUUGUGUUACUUCUUUAUCUUGCUUCUGUACUGGGAAUUGGAGCUUUCAAGUUUCAUAGGAGUCAUCACACUGAGAGAAUAGAAGGUAGUGCUGGUGAUGUGUUGGAAGAUGAUCCAGUUGGAAGGCUAAAAGUUUUUGUAUAUGAGCUUCCAAGCAAAUAUAACAAGAAAAUUCUCCAGAAGGAUCAACGAUGCCUUAACCACAUGUUUGCUGCUGAGAUUUAUAUGCAUCGGUUCCUUUUAUCCAGCCCCGUUCGUACCCUUAAUCCCGAGGAAGCUGAUUGGUUUUACACUCCAGUGUACACCACUUGUGACCUCACGCCAAAUGGCCUUCCUUUACCCUUUAAGUCACCCCGCAUGAUGAGGAGCGCUAUACAGCUUAUUGCUUCUAACUGGCCAUAUUGGAAUAGGACCGAAGGGGCUGAUCACUUCUUUAUUGUGCCACAUGAUUUUGGGGCUUGCUUUCAUUAUCAAGAGGAAAAAGCAAUUGAAAGAGGGAUUCUUACGCUACUCCAGCGAGCAACUUUGGUGCAAACUUUUGGGCAACGAAAUCAUGUUUGCUUGAAGGAAGGUUCGAUUACUAUUCCUCCUUAUGCCCCGCCACAGAAAAUGCAAUCCCACUUGAUCCCUCCGGAGACCCCUCGAUCCAUCUUUGUUUACUUCCGAGGUUUGUUUUAUGAUGUUGGUAAUGACCCAGAAGGUGGCUACUAUGCAAGAGGUGCCCGAGCUGCAGUGUGGGAGAAUUUCAAGGACAAUCCUCUCUUCGACAUUUCUACCGAGCAUCCAACAACUUACUAUGAGGACAUGCAGCGGGCUAUCUUCUGCUUGUGCCCACUCGGGUGGGCUCCAUGGAGCCCGAGAUUGGUUGAAGCAGUAAUAUUCGGUUGCAUCCCUGUUAUUAUUGCUGACGACAUUGUCUUACCUUUUGCUGAUGCAAUCCCGUGGGAAGAUAUUGGGGUAUUUGUUGCGGAGGAGGAUGUACCAAAACUGGACACAAUUCUCACUUCCAUUCGACCCGAGGAAAUCUUGAGGAAGCAAAGAUUGCUUGCAAACCCUUCAAUGAAACAGGCGAUGUUGUUCCCACAGCCCGCUCAACCCGGGGAUGCAUUCCAUCAAAUCUUGAACGGACUUGCUCGGAAGUUGCCACAUGACGGGAGUGUUUACUUGGAACCCGGUGAAAAGGUCUUGAACUGGACCGCUGGUCCGGUGGGUGACCUGAAACCGUGGUAGAGGGAACUUUAAUUUUGUACACAAUUGAAUCUUUACUAUUGUCCUUGAACCUUAAUUGCAUGCUGCAUUAGAUCAGAGUUGUUCAUUGUCAUUUUAAGAGUAACUGUGGAAUAUCAAAUCUCAACUGUGAAAAAAUGUAAUCAUAUUUGAGGCUGUAAGGUUUGUUGCAGUAGUGGUUUGCCCCAUGUGCAUUACGACUUGA